AUGAUGAAGACAUUAAUAGCCUUGUCAAGUGGAAAUCUUGAAAUGCAAAUAAAGAGAAAGACAUACAGAAAUUCUAUAGAAAGGCAAAGAAAGUUCGCACAAAUCGAAGAUAAUUCCAUAAUUCUACUGAUUUUAGCACUCAUGGCAACCUCAGCUAGUCACCUGAUUCGGAAUCAGAAUCUCAAUAUCUCCUCUAAUGGUGCUACUCUCGGGGGUAAGACUGAUGUCAUCAAGGGAGAUAAGAAAGGAGGGCUUGGUGCAAGAAAAGCUCUUAAUGACAUAUCAAACUCAAGAAAUGCUACCAUGAUCCAAACGAAGAGAGACCUCAGUGUUUCUAAAACCAAGUCUGUUGUUGGGGGGAAAGCAGGUGGUAGGAAAGCACUCAGUGACCUUUCAAACUCUGUGAAGCCACCAUCCUUGCAGGUGGUUCCAAAGAAGGGUCAAAAGUUGAAUCCCAUCGCUGAGGAAAAUGUUCCCGUUUGCAUUGAGGAGGAGGGAUUUCUGCACAAUCAUCACGAGUGCAUCAAAAUCCAGGGAAAGGCCAUGGAUGUGGAUUAUUUUCUGAAGUCAGUCAUCGGACUAGAUAAUGAUAUUCCUAUGAGGCCAUCAUCUCCAAGGGCAUUUGUAUCGUCGUCUAAGCCAAAGCUUGAGAGUCCUGUGGAGCACAUGGAAAUGGAGAUACCGGAGCUUCUAUUUGAAGAUCAAGUUUCUAGUUGCCGGAAAACCAAUAUUCCUGGCCAUUCUUCACUUUCUUGGGGAUCUCCCAAAUCACCAAAACUACCAUUUACGGACUGGAUGAACGAUAGUUUUUCUGAUUUCAUGUUGAUGGAGUCUCCAAAACUGCUGAAUCCUUGA